AUGGGAGGAAAGAAAAAAAAUUAAGAUAGCACUUAAAAGACCGGAAACGGAUCAACAGCAGAUAAUACUGCACAAAAACCUGCACCUUAACAAGAAAAAGCUUAAGGAACUUCUGAGCCUGUACAAAAAAAGGAAGAAAAAAAGAAAUAGCAAUAGGUUGAGUAGCAGAAUAAUGCAGAGACUUAAAAAUUAGAAAAAAAAACAAAAGGAAAGGAAGAAAGUGUAAAGUAGUAGGAUGGCAACAAAGCAGAUUAUAAUACUAUGGAGCACUUCCGUUAAAAUAUCAUUUCUUCUGUUGAAAACAGAAUUUUGGAUGCUCAUCGUGAUUUUGAACUUGAACUUCAAAAGUCUGUCCACAAAUUCAACUAAAAGCUAGAUGAAACUCUUAGUACCGUUCGUAAUCAUCAAUACAAUUCUGAAAUUGCAGAUUCAGCCUCCAAAAAAAAGUACUAUUUCACUGAAAAGUCUUUCACUAUUAAAAAUAGUUUACUCAGCGAUUUGUUUAAGAUAUCUGAUUACAGAACUCUUUACAAUAUUGUUGUAGCUACCUUUGUUGCUUUAGCCUUUAAUCUUAUUGUUGUAGAUUACGUUGAUAAAGGCUCAUUAUUUGACUUUGAAACCUUGCAAUGGUGCUUUUCAGGGUUUCUUAAUUUAAUUUUCCCUUGGUUGAUUCUCUUUUCAAUUGCUCUUUCAGUUAUUCCUUUUGUUUCUUGGAUUAUAAAUAAUAAGAUCAGCAAGUAUAUUUGGAUUCCCAUUUAUAUUGGUUAUAUUGCUUUAAUGACUUUUGUUGGUUGCUAUACCUGUGUUUACUAUACUCUCGGUAUGGGCAGUGCCUUUAUUAUCUAAUGUGAAAUGGUAAGAAUUGGAAUGAAAAUGCAUUCUUAUCUUCGUAACAAGCUAUUAUAUUGCACUGAAAAUGAAUACAAAGCUUUCAUCCCUAAGGAAUUCGCUACUAAAUAUUCAAUUAAUGAUCUUAACUUACCAGAAUUCAACCUUUCUGAUAUCCAAACUGAAGUUAGUAGAUUCAUCUACUUCUUCUUUGCUCCUACUCUUAUUUAUAGAGACAAGUACAUUCUUGCACCUUCAAGAAGCUUUAAAAGUGCUGCUAUGCAUUUCUUAAAUUUCUUCCUUUGCAUUUACUUUGGUUUUAUCUUAUUUAAAACCUUUUGCAAGGAUUAAAUCAUCCUCUUAGCAUCAAACUUCACUGUAUCUCAGUUUAUCUAAUGCUUAUUUAAGUUGAUGAUGCCUUCUACUUUUUCUAUUCUUCUCCUUUUCUUCGGUCUUUUGCACUCUUGGUUCAAUGGAUUUGCUGAAUUACUCCGUUUCCCAGAUCGUACUUUUUAUCUUGAUUGGUGGAAUUCUGAAGAAUUCGGUACUUAUUACAGAAAAUGGAAUAUUGUUGUUCACGAAUUCUUGUUCUAUUAUGCUUAUGGUGAUACAGUAAGAUUCUCAAAGGGUAAGUAUGGAAGAGGUGUAGGCAUGUUCAUUACCUUUGCAGUUUCUGCCCUCAUUCACGAAGUUAUCCUUUCAUUUGUUAUUGGAUAUUUCUAUCCUAUUCUCUUGAUAGUAUUUACUGGUCCAGGUAUCAUACUCAUUCAAAAUACUAGAAUGUAUGGCUCUAAGAAUUUCAAUAUCGCUUUUUGGUUACUUAUGUACGUAGGCACAUCACUAAUUAUUACCCUUUACUUAACUGAGCAAUGGGCUAGAUCUAAUGUAGAUGAAUCUGUCAUUUAUGCUCAAUGGGGUAAAUUCAUGGGAGAUAUUAUGCCUAGAACUCUCUAUAUUAAUUUCUCCAACAAGAUUUCAUGA